AUGGCACCGGCGCGCUCGGGUGCGCGCUCGAGCUCCUCUCGACCCGUCCGAUCAACCCGCACGAAGGUUGAGACAUACCAUGAAGACAGCACUUCCGGCGAUGAUCUAAAUCAGCAUGAGGAAUUACACGAUGCCGUGUCGAGGCGUUCUUCUGUAUCUCUCCGCCCGCGCACUUCAUCCGGAAUUCGUCCAUCUUAUCGCGAGGAGUCUUCGGAUGCGAAUUCAGAAGGCUCAUCUACCGACAGCGAGCGGAGUACAUCUGAAGCUCAUCCUCGUACCCUACCUUCGGACAACAUGCUUCCCCAUCUGCAUUCUGAAGCCGGCUCUGCCUCUUCGACCACUCGCAAUACUCGUCUCUCCAAGAGCAACCGGCCUACGCGACGGUCGCAGCCAAAACGGACCCAGACAACUCAGAAAAAAACGUCCAAAGCACUGGGACAGCCUUUGAAAAAGCGCACUCGAGUCUAUGCGGGCGAGGAAAUAUUUCUCACCUCCAGUGUUGUUCCUCCAUGGGCGACGCUCCCAUAUCAUGUGCUUUUCGACAUUUUCCUGCGCGCAUCCUUUCCCCUUGUUGACGAACAGCUGAUGCUGCGAACCAAGUCGGCCAAGUGGCUUCUUGGUAUGGCGCUCUUGUGUCGACAAUUCCUGGAACCGGCUCUUGCGGCUCUUUACCACUCUCCUCCGCUAAUCCCAGCAUCCAAGAGCUUCGAUCUUUUGAACCUGCUCUCAAAGCCGCAGGGGUCGCUGUCGAUCAACUAUUCUGCGAAGGUCAAAGAGCUUCAUGUGGAUGCUGAAUCUGUUCUACUUUACAAAACUGGGCCUCAGCUUGGCUACUUCGACCUCUCUAAACUGAUUGCGACUACUCCUUUAGUGCAGAAAAUGCGACUUUUCCACAAAGAUGACUUUAUCAUCGGCAUUCCUUCUUACGGCAUCACCUCAUCCAAGUGGUCAUAUCCUGAAUCUCUAUUUUCAGCUAUUGAUGAAUCUGGUAUUCUUCUUCGCAGCUGGGACUGGAAUGGCCGUUUCAUGGAUACCCACGACCUUCUUCCAUUUAUGCUGGAGAAACACCAACGGGCUGCCUUUCAGCAUUUGGAACAUCUUCGUCUGCUUCAUGUUGAUGAUCGCACUCGAGAGGACACCCGUGACAUGGAAGCCUCCCUCGCUGGUGUGGUACGGGAACUCCCUCGUCUUCAUCGCUUAGAGUUCAUUGAAUGCACCCUUGUGGGAAAGAGUAUUCUGCCACAGCUGCCAUCAGCACUUCGCUCGCUUACCCUUUCCAACUGCGACCGCAUGCUCUCUUCCUGUCUUGCUACCUAUCUGAAAUCCCGCGGCCAGGAGCUACGGGAACUGAGGCUCAGUCACAAUCGACACCUGACCAUGUCCUUCAUUACUCAUCUCGGGGAACAUUGCCCCAACCUUGAGCGAUUCAAGAUGGACGUUUCCCUUCACGACUGGUCAAGCUACCACGACACCGAACCACACUUCCACGAGCUUCUAGCUGAGUCGGAAAUCCCGAAGUGGCCAGAAAAGAUCCAGGAGAUCGAGUUAAUCCAACUCAAAAAACUUAGCGAGACCACGGCAGAGUCGUUCUUCAUGUCCUUGGUCGAUGCUGCACCCAAGUUGCGCGACCUGCGCUGCCUGACUAUCACAGCGAUUCUUAAGAUCGGCUGGCGUGAUCGCGCUACCUUCCGUGAGCGGUGGAUUCAUCAACUGGAGACUACAUUUUUACGCCAUAGCGCACCUCCUGACCCGAACCUCCGCUCUCUUCGCAAGCGCCCUCUCCAAUCUAGGCAACCUGCUAUUGGAGUUUAUCCAGCACGCCCUAGCUCUGCUGGUAGUGGCCCUUCCACUCCAUCCAAGCGCCAGAGCGUGCGCCUCGCACAGCGUAAGGGUUCCCAAUCUCCGUCUCCAUCCCUUCCACCCGAUGAGGAUGCUCGUCAAGGGAUGUGCGAUGUGGUCAAUAUUCGGAUCGACAAUCAGCGUCCUACAGAAACCCAGUUCAACGAAGAUGACUUCCUCGAUGAUGAGCUGAGUGGUGACGAGGACUGGGAUGGCGAUGACUGGGAACCUGCGGACCGUCAUGCGUGGUAA